AGGUGCUGGUGCCAUUCCGUGGGCACAUUUCUGGCGUAUUCACAGUUUUCUGGGAACACUCCCGGUCAAUGAUCCAUCAAGGGCUCAAGAGAGCCAAGUGACUGUUGAAGAGGUCAUUAUGGAAAUGGUAAACGGCAGUGAAAGUGCUGCCGUCGACAUUGACAAUGGGCUGCAGUGGGAGGACAGUGCGCCCAUAAGACCCCUGGACAGCCCAGCCUCCAGCAGUCCGGCCUCUCCCAGCCUGGCCUCUCCCAGCCUGGCCUCUCCCAGCCCGGCCUCCUCCAGUCCUGCCUCCUGCAGCCCCGCUAUCAGCAGUGCCAACUCUGGUAGCGUGGCUACUGCCAGCCGGGGUGCAAAGAAGAGGAAGGCGGGUGACGACAUAAAGCAGCAGAUAUUGGCUGAACACGUACUGCUGAGGGAGCAGCUGGUGGCUAGCCGCCAGAGAGAUGCCCGUUUCAUCCCUGUAGCGUCCUACUGCACUUAG